CAAAACAGAUACGGACGAAGCGCUGAUAAAACAUGAACUGAAUAGAAAAACGAAAAUAUAGGCUCUGCCCGCAUGCUGCCUAGAAGAUGGCUCUCAAAGACAAACGUUGUCUACAAUGGUUGCGGCAAAAUCUUCUCCUGUUUCUUAUAAUGGUCGGAGUUUGUGCAGGUUUCAUUGUCGGGAUUCUGGUCAACGAUAGCGUUCAGAAAUCGACAGAUCCAACUCCAAAAGAAGUGGCCAUGUACAUAUCGUUUCCAGGAGAAAUUUUUAUUCGUAUGUUGAAAAUGAUAAUACUGCCUCUCAUUGUGUCGAGUAUUGUUGUCGCGGUCGCAGUUUUGGAUAACAAGUCAACGGGAAAGCUCGGGAAACGAGCUAUUAUUUACUAUAUGUCAACUACAGUUCUCGCUGUUAUUCUUGGUAUUAUCCUGGUGUCCUCCAUCAAACCUGGGGCAACGAAAUUUGCUGGAGAACCUAAAGAACAGCAGCACGUUGAAGCCGUGCAUUCUAUAUUUGACUUGAUCAGAAAUUGUUUUCCCGAUAAUAUUGUCGGCGCUACCUUUCAAUCUACCUCCACGAAAUAUAAAAAGAUUCCUACGGGAUAUAAAUUUACUAAUAAAUCUGCACAUGACUACAAAAACUCUGCGAAAAACCUGAGUAAAUUGUUAAGAAAUGGCUUUCUAAAUCCAUGGACUAUUUCACACAAGAAAGAUGUAUUCCAGAUGAUCGAAGAGUCGGGAUCAAAGUAUGAAUACGAUGGCCUCAUGUUAGAUGAUCGGUUGAAUAUCAUCGGAAUUCUGGUAUUCUCAAUUGCAUUUGGUGUAAUUUUAAGCAAAAUGGGUGAAAAAGGAAGACCAAUGACUGAAUGGUUUAGCAUAUUGUUGGAAGUAACGAUGAAGCUGGUGGAAAUUAUCAUGUGGCUUUCGCCAAUUGGUAUAUGUAGUUUAAUUGCAGGCAAGUUGGCUGCAAUGAAGAAUAUCCAGGAAAAUUUAGAAAGCUUGGGAUUGUACAUGCUGACUGUCAUAAUUGGACUUUUAAUUCAUGCUUUUAUCACUCUCCCGGUUAUUUACUUUGUCAUCGUCAGGAAGAACCCUCUUCGGUUCUUUCUUGGAAUGGGAAGUGCUUUACUAACUGCAUUUGGAACAUCCUCAAGCGCUGCAACGAUGCCGGAAACCCUAAGAUGUCUUGAACACAAAAACAACAUCGAUUCACGAGUUGCACAGUUCGUGAUUCCUAUUGGAGCGACCGUCAAUAUGGAUGGAACGGCUCUUUACGAAGCUGUAGCGCCAAUAUUUAUAGCUCAGCGCCAUUAUGGUGGCUCGAUUGAUUUUGGAAAGACACUUCUUGUGUGUAUAACAGCAACAAUUGCGUCUAUUGGAGCUGCUGGUAUACCAUCCGCUGGCCUUGUUACUAUGAUUCUGGUGUUGCAAGCAGUUGGUCUUCCGGCAGAUGACAUUGCUCUGAUUGUUGCAGUGGAUUGGUUUCUGGACCGCAUUCGGACUGCUGUUAAUGUUUGGGGUGAUUCUUUGGGAGCGGCUAUUGUUGAACAUCUUUCACGCAAAGAUCUUCUUAGUUCGGACUAUGGGAUUGAAUCUCCUCCAUCUGCCGUGGAUCAAGCAAAGCACGAAGAGGAAGAGGCUAUUCCACUCGAGAAUGCUACAGAUGAGUUCACAUAUUUGUAACCGCAUGUUCAUACGACAU